AAAAUAUAAAUCUUUAGUCGAAAACUGCCAAUUGAUGUGAAUGUUAAAUCUCAUCGCUUGGAGAGUGCUCGAAAUCUAUCUCCGGGAUAAUCUUGUCAACUCGCAAAGCAUUCCCAAAAAGACUGUCUUAGCUUGUAUACUAGCGAGAAGCAGUUACUGCGUCAAUAAUUGUUACAAUUAUCGCGCGAAUUACCAUAGCAACAAGGCGCUCAUUAGUGGAAUAUAUGAAAAAAAUGGAUUUCCAUCAAAAACACAUGAAACCGUACGAUGGACGCUAAGGAUUUGGAGGCUGCAGUUGCAUUGCCAAACGAGGAUCUCGUCAUUCCAGAAGAGCGCGUUUCGGAAACCGAUUUGCUUGAACCUGAAAAUGAACCUGCUGACGAACUUCGAAAUAGCUCGGAAUCUCUCGACAGCGGCUGGGAGACUGACUUAGAAAUUGAAGAACCGGCAAAGACAUUCGACCCGACCGGCAGAAGACUCUACCUUUCAGCAUGCGCGAGCAUCGGUGUCACUCCAGUUUCAUAUUUCCUCCGACAUAUCGAAGAUAAGGAAAUGUUAUUACGUCAUCAUGGACUGGGACCGAAAGGCGCAAAAGCCAUUGCUAUUGCUCUGGUGAGCAACACCACUAUCGUGACUCUGGAUCUCCAUGACAACAACAUGGGUGACGAUGGCAUGAGGUAUAUUGCAGAAAUGGUCAAAGAAAAUUGUUACAUCGCUUCAUUGGAUAUCUCGUUCAAUAAAAUUGGUCACAUCGGCUGCGUUGCGCUCUGUGAUAUGUUAAACAAUAGCGGGAUAGUUCAGGAUUUGAACGCGUCGAAUAAUUUCUUCGCCGAUAAAGAUGCUGCUUAUUUCGCCGAAACCAUUAAGGUGAACGAAAAUUUGAUCACACUUAAUCUUAGUGGAAAUCAAUUUUGCGAAGAAGCCGGAGUAGUACUGGGUCCUAGUAUCACUGCAAAUGAUUCCAUCGAAAUUCUCGAUUUAAGUUGGAAUCAAAUACGUCGACGUGGCGCCAUUGCUGUUGCCGCUGGCCUCAAGACUAACUGCACUUUGAGAGUUUUGGAUCUUUCGUGGAACGGCUUCGAGGAUGACGGCGCACGUGCGUUAUGCGACUCAAUAAGAGGAAAUAAUACGCUCACAGAACUGAACAUCAGAAACAACAGAAUAACCACCAUCGGGGCUGCGCACAUUGCAAGAGGCUUGGAAGGAAAUAAUACCUUGGAAAUACUGAAGAUUGGUCAGAACCCCAUUCAAACGGCUGGUGCUCAUUCCAUCCUCUCGGCGAUUAGAGCAAAAGCCGACAGCGCCAUACAAACAAUUUACCUCGAGGACAUUUAUUUGGACGACGAUUUCUUUGUUCUAUUGGAGAGUUUAAACGAGCGCAAACCAGUGAAGAUUGUUGGACGUUGCAGACCCUCGGAGAUUGCACCUCUGCGGCAAAUAAAGCAGUUCAUCGCGAAUAAUUACGAUCGUUGGUUCGAGGUAUUCGGUGCUUAUGAUCCAGAUGGUUGUGGACUUGUUUCUAAAGCUCAGUUCAUCGAGGGUUUGAAGGAAGUAAACUUGACGUUCGACAAGGGUCAGAUGACCUGGUUAUGUAUUUCUCUAACAGAAGAUAAAGCUUCGCAAAUCAGUUACAAAAAACCGGCUGAGAAUGUGAAAAAGAAAAUUCCUGCCUCAGCCAAACCAUCGCCUAAACCAACACCCACCAGCGCAAACAAGAUGAAAAACAAGAAAAAGCGAUGACAGGAUCUAUUAAAUUAACAACUCCCUUCUGUUAAUGGUGUCCCAUCCUUCAACAGCAGACUCACACUUAUCAUAAAUUUGUAUUAUAAUGCUU